AUGUUAUUUUUCAUUUUUCUGAAAUUCGAAAGCGAUUUUCAUGAAGACCUGGUGGUACGUAUGGUCUACUAACGUGACACAGUGCCCCCAACGCGUAGCCAGAGAAAAGUUGUGCGCAUUUUUCGUGCAUGUACGGUAGAGCGCACAAGCCUGUUUGUCGGUUUUUUGAAAAUUUAACACUAGGUUUUUUCUUGAAACGAUUAGAAUUCAGUUAUACUUGCAUGAAAACUCCCAAACUGAGCUAUAUGUUCUGGAGAAUAAUGAGAGGAACGUUUUGAUAUAAAAAAUGUGAAGAUUGGAUUCAAAAUAAGUUAGUUAAUAUCUUUUGAAGAAAAACAAUUCAAAUUUUAUGAAGGAAAAAUGUGAUUCGGCACUUGUUUCAUGAUAAAUAUGUAAAUUAGAAUACUUUCAAGGUGUUUUAAGAAUCAUUUGAUCAAAAUAAACUUCUGAAAUCUGGUUUUUUGUUCAAUUUUGGGCGAAUUUCGAUGGAAAAGAAAAUAACAAAAACGGCAUAAUUUUGAAUUAUUAUUCAUUCCACAUACUUGGGGAGUCCUAUUUCAAUGUUUUGGAAGCAUAACACUGAAUUUUAUCAGCUUUCCAGGGUCAAAAAUGAUGUUUUUGCACAAGGUAUUUUUUGAAGAGCUCUUGUUCAUUUCAUUCUCAACCAUUUUUCAUGAAACAACUUGGAAUAGCUUCAAUUUUUCUUCCUCUGUCUUCUCCAUACUCGAUUUAGUUACAAAAAUAACAUUUCCAGCAUUUUUCAGCAAGAAAACAAAAGCGCAAAAAAAGAUGAGAGAGUGCGCUUUGUUGAAGAGACGGAUGAGAGAUAGAGAGAAAACGAGAGAGUGUGUGGAGUGUGGAGUGCUGGCGCAAUACGCGUUCGGGACACUGUGCGUGAGUUGGGCUCGCGCGCGCACAAUAAUAAAGGGGGGACGAGAAAAAUAUGGCCGAGGAAACCAAAUGUUUGUGCGCGCGAAUUUAGAAUGCUCAUAUUUUUCAUUUUUGUUUUUUGCUUCACCACGAAAAAAUGUGUUUGUUAAUUAAUUAACGCCAUAAAAACCUCCAAUUUUUGCAGAAAAAAAUGGCGGAUCCACAAUUCUCCGAACUAAUCGGCACAUUUUUCCAACAAUGCAACGAUAUUGCCGAUAUUUGGGCGUCGGAUUGUGAAAAAUGUAAUUACGAGAAUUUCGAGGAUUUUUGCGAGUCAAACGACUUGGAAUUCUUUCAACAAGACGAUUUCGCGAAUGUUCUUCGAGAAGUCAACAAAGGCGCGACUGAAUUAUUGUUGAAUAAUUCGAAUGAUGAUAUUUGUCAAAUUUUCGAAAGUUCCGAAGUUAUUCCAUUAAAAUUCAAUCUUCUUGUUUGGUAUAAAUUGGAAAACGCGAGAAGACCUGAUAGCUCAAAUCUCGAAGUUUAUGAAGGUGUUUCAAUUGCCAAUAUUUACAUAGCAAUGUGCUCAAUGAAAGGGGCAAAUGCAGCAAAGCUUUUUCAAAGUGCUCUGUUCGAAAAAUGCCUGAAAAUUAUGAGAAAUUGUGUGAGAACUAUUAGAAUGGGUGAAUUAAUUGGAUCGAAUAAUAAAACAACGUCGAAAAAGAGGAAAGAAGAAGGAGAAGAUGAAGAGCAAGAAGAAGAAAUCGCGAUGGGACCACCGAAAAUAUCAUCGGAUAAAGCUGAAGAGUAUUUACAAACCAUGACAACUCAAUUAUUCGGAUUUCUUUCGAAAGAUUCAAUUAUUAUCAAUAAUGAAACUCUUAUUCAGAUUUUAGAAAUGAUUGAGGAAUUGGGAAGAAUUGAUUUGGACGCAAAAAGCCGAUCGCAAAGAGCAAAUUCGAUUCGAGAAUUUCGAACUAUUGAACGAUUUGUCGAUCGAUAUUCUGCAUUUUUACAUUUGUUGGCUGAAAAUAAAUAUGAAUCGAGAAAAGUAGCGGUUUAUUCCCGAAUUAUCCGCCCUCGUCUAGCUCUUGUUCCAUUUCCUGACGAGAAUAAUAAAACAUCGAAAAUAUCCACAGAAAGAAAACGAGCCGGCGAGCUUGCGGCGUUUUUCAUGAUCGCAAGAAUUGAGCGAAAAUGCAGUGCGAUUGAGUUGAAACUGAAUCAAAAUGUGAUUGAGAUGAUUUAUAAUCAAUGCCCGGAUUUGCAAGAAUUUCGAACCAGUAUUGCUAAUUUUAUCUGUCGAAUUGUCGCAAUUUUACCAUAUAAAUAUCAAUAUGUAAGGGUUUUUUCUAGAAAAUCACCUUAAAUUCCGUUUUUUCUAGGAUUUCGCUCAAACAAUGCAUUUAUUCUCCCAUUGUAAAUCUACCGGAGUUCGCCAGUUAUCGAUUGAAUUAGCCACGUCAAUGAUGUUUGGAGAUAUUGAUUUUUCUCGAGCAGAUCCGGGGCCAAUUGAAAAUGAAGAAGAGGAUGAAGAAGAAAAAGAAGAGGAGGAAGAAGAAGAAUCUGAAAGUGAUUUGGAAAAUGAUGAUGAAGAGAAUGAGGAAGAAAGGAAGGAGAGAAGGAAGAAGAGACUUGAGCGAGAAAAAUCACCGAAUCCUGAGUAUGAUUUUAGGCUAAGCUAACAAGGGAACUAGUAGAUUUUGCCACGUCAUAACUCAAUUGAGUUUUGCAUUUUUUAACAGCGGAAUAGUGAUCAGAAGGUCUGAAACUACUAGAAAACAUAUUUUCAUGAAAAAAUAACCCUAUACUAUUAGAUUUUCAUGAAAAUCAUUUUGAGAGCUUGUUCUGACCUCCUAAAGCCCCGAUUUUCCAACUUUGCCACGUUAUAACUCAUGUUAAGAGUUGAGUUUUUCAUUUUUUAACAAUGGAAUAAUGAUCUGAAGAUCUGAAGAUCACAAUCCUGUUGUCUGAAAUUGCAAAACUCAACUCCUUACAUGACUUAUGACGUGGCAAAGUUUGAAAAUUCUGAAAAAUCGGAACUUCAGGAGCUGAAAACUUAACAAGGCUUUAAAAAUUUUUUUUUAAAUCAAAUCUGGAUGAAAAUCAUCUGUGAAGCUAGUUUUCAGCUCCUAAAAUCCCGAUUUUUCAAAAUUUUCAAACUUUACCACGUCAUAACUCAUAUUAGGCAAUUUUAGUGUCAAAAACCACUAAAAAUUAAAAAUAAUUUUUUUCAGACCAAUCGAACGAUUGAACGCCGAAACAAUUCUCUAUCGAAUUUUAUAUGUUGCUUGUAAUGAUAAAACAGCUGCCUCAAGAUUGCAUGGCUCAAAUAGUUUGGCGAAAAUUUUGGAAUCUGAAGCACAUCGAGAAAAGUUUAUUGAAGUUUCGAGGGAAAUGGUUGGUCCUUGAAGGAUUUUUAAAUAAAUAAAAAUGAUUUUUUUCAGAAUGCUCAAAAAGAUGCGAAAUUUGGUGAAAUCAAUGAGAAUCUUGAAGAAAGUCUUGAGCAAGCUGAAAUCGCAGCAAAUCCAUCAACGAAUAAUAAAAAAUCAUCAUCAAAAACCGAUUUUGCGCAAGAAGAACAGGCGAUUAUCCAGAAACUCAAAAAAUUGAAAAUGAUGAAUAAUGGAGAGGCGAGAAUUGAGCAAGACACGGUAUUUAUGCUAAUUCGCAGAUUGGCAGCGGAUGAAAAAGCGCCGGUUCGAAAAAGUGUUUGCGCAUCGAUUCGCGCGUAUUUAACAUUUUGUGAUGAACGAGAGAAAUUUGAGAAAAUUAUGGGAUUAUUGGAGACGAUGUGUAGAGAUAAAAUGGUGACGGUUAGGAAACAAAGUGCCGAAAUUCUUACUGAAUUGAUGCUUUCGGAGAAUAUUUUGUUCAAGUGAGUUUGUAAGAAAAUUGAGAAAUUUUGGUCUAGAAACUGGAAAUUUUUUGUUUUUCUCAGUUUCAGCAAAUUUUGCCUCAAAAAUUCCAGUUUUUCAAAACCAAAAAAAUACGUUUCAAAAUUUUGAUAUAAUUUUUUAUCGAAUAUUUUUUUCAAUUCCAAUUUUUUUAUGUCUUCCAUAAUCAAAACCAAACAUUCAGAGUCCAGAAAUCUGGAAAAAUUUUCCUCCGGUUCUCUAUUUUUCUAAUGAGCUCAAAAUUGCUUCUUUUCGGCAAAAAUUGAGAAAUUUGAUGUGUUUUGGGUCCAGAAACUGAAAAUUUGCUAUUUGUCAUCUAGAAAAUCUGAAAAUUUAGACUUUUUAUACAAAAAUCACAAAAUUUCAUGGAUUUCUCACUAAAUAUUUUGCCUCAAAAAUUGCAGUUUUUCAAAACCAAAAAAAAUACGUUUCAAAAUUUUGAUAUAAUUUUUAAUCGAAUAUUUUUUCUAUUCUAGAAAUAGUAUCUGUUAUUCUAUAAUCAAAACCGAUUUGUAAAUUUUGGAUAAAAUUUUGGAGAAAUUUAUCACAACCCAUAAUUUUCAGACCCAAGAUUUCCUACUCUAAAAUUUUCAUAAAUUAAAAAAGCCAGGAAAAUCUGAAAACCGCAAAAAUUGAGAAAUUUGAUGUAUUUUGGGCCCAGAAACUGAAAAUGUGCUAUUUUUAUCAUGAAAAUCUGAAAAUUUUGCAUUUUUAUACAAAAAUCACAAAAUUUCAUGGAUUUUUCUCCUAAAAACUUUCAAUUUUCGAAUCGCCUCGUCAUAGAUAAAUUUAUCCUAGUUUUUCAGCUCAAAUUCUCAGUUUCAGCAAAUUUUGACUCGAAAAUUCCAGUUUUUCAAAACCAAAAAAAAUACGUUUCAAAAUUUUGAUAUAAUCGAAUUUUUUUUUCAAUCUGAGUUUAUUCGUAUCGACUUUAUUCUUACCUCUAUAAUCAAAACCGAAAUUUGUAAAAUUUGAAUAAAAUUUUGGAGAAAUUGAUCACAACCCAUAAUUUUCAGACCCAAAAAUGAAUUCUGAAUUUAACUAAAAAUUUCAAUUUUUGCAGAGAUGUGAUGAGUUCGAAAUGGCUGAGCUCGCUAAUUUUACUUCUCGAUGACAAUGAAAAUGAAGUUCAAGAACACGCAAGAAAGCUGAUAAUGCGUGUAAUUGCUCCGCUUUUGGAAAAUACCAGCGAAUUGACGUGGGCUCUUCUUGAAACAAUUGAAACGUCCACAUUGCACAGGUAAUUUUUUUUACAAAAUUUUGAAUUUUCUAGUAGUUUUCGACCCAAAAAUAUCGCGAUUUUUCGAAAUUUGCCACGUCAUAACUCAUAUUAGCAAUUUUAGGGUCAAAAACUUCUAGAAAGCAUAUAUUUUUUUGUAAAAAUCUAGAAAACCUUCUUCAGAAUUUUAUUUUCAGACAAUAUUUCAUGACAACUUUGAAAGAUGCAGCAAAUGGUCGACUGAUUCGACAAAGUGUUAUGGAAACCAUGAAAAAACAUUUGGAAGAAGGAGCUGUGAAUUCGGCGUCAGCUUGGAUGGUUUUAUCGCAAUUGAGUGUGGUUUUCAAGCAGAAUGUGGAUUAUGCGAUUGAUUCGUUUUAUUCCCUUGAUUUGACACAAUCUUCCAAAUUGGUAAGAUCAGUUUUUUAUGCUGAGAAAGAUGCUGUUUUCAGUUUUUGCUGAGCGAUUCUCUGAAAAGUACAGGAGGGUCGAUUUACUAAACUCAAAAGUUUUGACAAAAUUUUCGAACUCAUCACAUCUCUGAAAAAAAUGAAACUUUUAAUUAAAUUCAGAAUUUUAGGGACUCUAAUAGUCAUUUUUGGGUGUAAAAAUGAAUCGAUAAUUUCAGAAUUUUUAUCCAAAUUUUGAAAUUUCGGUUUUGAUUAUAGAUGACAUAAAAGAAAUCGAAUCGAAAAAAAUAUUCGAUUAGAAAGUAUAUCAAAAUUUUGAAACGUAUUUUUUUGGUUUUGAAAAACUGGAAUUUUUGAUUCAAAAUUAGCUGAAACUGAGAUUUUGAGCUGAAAACAAAAAUGAAAUUAGCUAUGACGCAAUGAAAGUUUUUAGGGGGAAAAGCUAAAUUUUCAGAUUUUCUGGAUGAAAAUCGAAAAUUUUCAGUUUCUGAACGCAAACUUCUCAAUUUUUGCUGAAAAUAAGCAAUUUUGAGCCUCAAUUGGAUCAGAAAUGUAGAUUUUCAAGUUUUUAUGGCUGAAAAUGCUUUUUCUCGAGAACAAUUAAAAAUGUACAUGAAUUUUGAGCCGAAAAUCGAUAAUUUCAGAAUUUUCAAAAUUAAUCUCUUUAUAAAUGCCUCUAAGUUUGAUGAUUGAAAAAAAAAUUUUGAUAAAAAAUUAUAUCAAAAUUUUGAAACGUAUUUUUUUUUGGUUUUUGAAAAAUUGGAAAUUUUCAGUAGAAAUGGGUGUAAAUGAGAUUUUAAGCUGAAAAUUGAAGGUUUUUAGUGAGAUCUCCAUGAAAUUUUGUGAUUUUUGCAGAAAACAGCUGAUUUCUGGAUGAAAAUCGAAAAUUUUCAGUUUCUGGACCCAAAUUUCUCAAUUUUUACUGAAAAUGAUCAAUUUUGAGCCUCAAUUUGAUCAGAAAUAUAGAUUUUCAAGUUUUUCUGGCUGAAAAUGCUUUUUUUCUCGAGAAUAAUUAGAAAUUUACAUGAAUUUUGAACCAAAAAUCGAUAAUUUUUAUCCCAAAUUUUCAAAUUUCAUUAUUCAAACAUAUUGGAAAACAAUGGAUUGAAAACAAUUUUUGAUAAAAAAUUAUAUCAAAAUUUUGAAACGUAUUUUUUUUGGUUUUUGAAAAUUGGAAUUUUUGAGUAGAAAUCGCUUUUAAGCUGAAAUACUAGAAAAUUGGCGUUUUUCACGAAUUUUUCCGUUUCUGGACCCUAAGAACAUCAAAAAUGUUCAAAUUUUUAAAGCUGAACAUGAUAAAAAUGAACAAACUUUUUUUCCAGAUGAAAUAUAUAAUUCAUAUAAUAACUAACAAUAUUCGAGGAAUAGAAAGAGGCCAAAGAAAGGAAUUGUGUGAAUUUAUGAUGAGAAGACUUCGAGAAUUCUCAUUUCAUGCAUCACAUUCGAAAGAUUUGUAUUAUUGUUGUGCAAAAUUAAUGGAUGGAAUUGGAGAUCAAGCAACUGCAAAAGAGGAAUUGAAACAAUUCUCUGAAGAAUUACUUGUCUCAUGUUUUGACUCAAUUGUAGAAUCCUUUGAAUUGUUUUCGAAAAAAGAAGAAUGGAAAAGAAAAUCGGAAAUUCAAGAAAGAAUUCUGAUUGUGGCGUUGAAUGUUGCAUCGGAAAUAUUUCUGUUUUGCCCGUCACUUGUUCCAAAACAUGAGAGAUUGGCGAAAACUCUUUCGCUUAUUGUGAAUUGCACCACAGGAAAUAGCUUACCAGAUGUUUGUAAUCCGGAUAUUCCAAGUGUUCAUAAUACGCGACCACCGACACAAAUGUCUGAACAUCGAACUAUUGAUCAAUUUUCGGAUGUGGUUUUGUUUGGGGAUAAUGUGAAAGCGGCGGCGGUUUUGACAUUGGCGAAUAUGAUUAUUGCGGUUGGUUUUUUUUUGGGAGGGUUUUUUUUUGAAAAAUCUGGAAUUUUUUAAAGUUUGAAGCUGAAAGUCAAAAAUUUGAAUUUCACAUGAAAAAUUUCAAUUCUAAUAAUUUUAAGAAUUUUUCUAACAUGAGCAAUGCGUUGAAAAAAUUUACUUUUCCAAUUUUUAAACCAAGAAUUCGAUUCCGAUCGAAAUUUCAAAUUCCUCUUUUUUUCAAAUAAAAUUUUGAAACAGUGAAUUUUUUAAGCAAAAAAUCUUUCUAGGAAUUUUUGAUUUUUUUUCUAAUAUAAGCAAUGUAUUUUAAAAUUUUCUGAAAUUUUUACUCUGAAAAAAUUCAGAGAAUUUUUCAUCUGAAAUUAUAUCUAGAAAUAAUUUUUCAAAAAUUAUGAUUUUUAGAAUUUUUCUAAUAUGAGCAAUGCUUCGAAAUAUUUUUUUCAAUUUUUCCAUCACAAAUCCAAUUCCGAUCAAAAUUUCAAAAUCCAUUUUUUUAAAAUAAAAUUUUGAAACAGUGAAUGUUUUCUAACAAAAAAAAAUUGGAAAUUAAUUUUUAAAAUCUGAAAAACUCAAUGAAAGUUCAAGGUUUUUAAGAUUUUUUUUCGAGUUUUUCUAAUAUGAGCAAUGCAUCGAAAAAUACAUUCCCCACCAUUUUCAGCACGAUAAAAUGCUGAAAUUAAUGCCAAUGUUCAUCAAACAACUCCAACACAAUCCAUCGCAUCAAAUUCGUUCAAAUAUCGUUGUCGCACUUGGCGAUAUUUGCGAAACCUACAAAACCGAUCGAUAUUCUCCCGUGUUGGCCGCUUGUUUAUGUGAUCCAUCUGUAAUUGUUCGACGACAUGCGAUUAAUGAGAUUGCCAGAAUGAUUGCUAGCAGUAUUUUUAGAUUCAGUGGAGAGGUUUGAGAUUUAAAAUCUAGAAUUUCUUAUGAAUCGAUUAUUUUUUUUGCAGGUGAUGAUUCGAUUGAUGUUGGCAAUUUUGGACGCGAACGAUGAUGUGAGAAAUGAUGCGAGAUUGUAUAUUGUAAGCCAAAAAAUACCUGAAUUUUUUAAUUUUAUUUUUCUUUAGAGCGAAGUUUUGCAACACGAAAUCCCCAACUUCUUUCCCAAACAUUUUGUGCAUUAUAUGAUUUAUUUGACACAAGCCAAGAGAAUGAUUUAUAAUAAUGUGCAAGGCGAAGAUGUUGAUGUGACAAUGGGCGGAGGAGAAUCGCUGCAAAAGAUCGGCCAGAAUUGCGGUUUAUAAUUUUGUGGUUGGUUUUUGUUCCCCAGAUUCCUGGGGGACCAGAAAUGAAAAUCCAUAAAUCACUCAAUUUCAGAUCGAAUCACUUGAUGAUCGCGGUCGUUUUGAAGUGAAAAAGGAUAUUUGUUUGAAAGUGUUCAAUGCGAUUGUGAAUGGCGAAUUUGAUUAUUCGGAUCAUAAUGUUUAUAGUUUGUUGGAUGAUGCAUUAUUGGUGGGUUUUUUCUGGGAUUUUUGAAAUUCAAAAUUAAACAAUGAUGGAAAAAAUGCAUUUUUUCUCAAUGUUCAUUCAACAUGAGUUAUGAAGUGACAAAAAUCCGGAAAUUUUAAAAAAUCUGAUGGUUCUGGAGAUUUGACAUUUUUUAUCCGAAAUUUUGAGGAUUUUUUUUUGAUUUCAGAAAAGUUUCAAAUUGUCUGAAAUUGUGAAUUUUUGGCUCUAAAUUUUCUGAAAUUUAGAUGAUUUUUUUGUUGAUCUCAGAAAAUUGAGUUCAAAAUUUACAGACAUUUUUUUUAAAUUUCUCAAAUGUUUUGAAAAAUCCAGAAAUUUUUUUAACAUGAGCAAUGCGUUGAAAAAAUCACUUUUUUCAUUUUUUUUCUCAACAAAAUCCGAUUCUGAUCGAAAUUUCAAUGCCCCCUCUUUUUUUUAAAUAAAAUUUUGAAACAGUGAAUUUUUUCUACCAAAAAAUUAAAUUAAUUUUGAAAAUCUGGAAUUUUCAAUGAAAGUUCAAAAAUUUUUAAUUUUUCUAAUAUGAACCAAAAAAAUUUGAAAAAUUUAAAUUUUUGUGAAAUUGUUUCUGAAAAUCCAAUUUCAGCCAAAAUUCUCUGAUCUUUCAAAAAAACUUCGAACUUUCAUUGAAAUUUUUAGAUUUUCAAAUUAAUUUCCAUUUUUUUGUUAGAAAAAAUUCACUGUUUCAAAUUUUUAUUAAAAAAAAAAAGAAAAACGAUUUUCUGAAAUCAAAAAAAAAUCAUCUAAAUUGCUGAAAAAGCCAAAAAUCCAGAAUUAAUUUUUUUUUAAAUCAAAUUUUUGUAGCUAAUGGCAUCGAAUGAAAUGCAAGUAAAAAUGGAGGUCGGAAAAAACUCGAAUGAAAAUGGAAUCGAAGAACCAUCAGCAGAAGUUGUGAACGCGGCCACCGAUUUCAUGCGAACUGUCUACCUUCAAAACUACAUGGAACACAUCAUCCCGUCGGUUUUGCGACUUCGCGAAUUUCUCAAUCAACAUCGAUCGCCGCUCCAGAAGAAAUGUCAAUUUGUGAUUCGAAUGAUAUGUUUGGAACAUAAGAAUGAUAUGGAUACAAUUCUAAGGGAUAAUCGACAAUUGAAAGAUGAAAUGGUAUUUGAACUGCAAAGAGUUAAGCAAAGAACUGAAGAAGCGAAUCGCAUUUUGGAUGAGCAUUUGAAGAAGAUUAUUGAAUUUAAUCGAAUGCAGAAACAACAACAACAACAACAAGAAGGAGUUGAAAGUGGUGAAAAUGAAGAGGGAAUGGAAAUUUCGAAUGGAACACCGAAAAGAGCACAAAAUGUGUCAAUUCAAGGAACACCGAUGUCAGCGAGACAGAGACCAUUAUCACCGAAAACUAUUAAGAAAUUGGUGAGUUUAGGGCUUAAAAUUGCUCAUUUUAGGAGAAAAUUGAGAAAUUUGGGUCUAGAAACUGAAAAUUUUCGAUUUUUACUCGAAAAUCUAUAGUUCUGACCAAUUUUAAGCUGAAAAUUGCUUCUUUCCGGCAAAAAUUGAGAAAUUUGGAGCCAGAAACUGAAAAUUUUCGAUUUUCUCCCAGAAAAGCACAAAAUUUCAUGGAUUUUCCCAAAACCUUCAAUUUUCAGCGAUUUUUAGACAAAUUUUAACACAAAAAUUCGAAGUUUUCAAAAACAGAAAAAAGUACGUUUCAAAAUUUUGAUAUAAUUUUUAAUCAAAUAUCAUUAUCGAUGCUCGGUUCGAUGAACUUGUACAUUUUAAAUUAUUCUCGAGAAAUAAGCAUUUUCAGCCAGAAAACUUGAAAAUCUACAUUUCUGAUCAAAUUGAGGCUCAAAAUUGCUCAUUUUCGGAAAAAUUGAGAAAUUUGGAUUCAGAAACUGGAAAAUUUCGAUUUUCAUCCAAAAAUUUUCAAAAACAGAAAAAAGUACGUUUCAAAAUUUUGAUAUAAUUCAUUAUCAACAAUUUUUUUCAAUAGUAAUAAGUUCGAUAUUCAUUCAAUUAUUUUCGAGAAAUGGGCAAAUUUUAAGAAAACCCUUAAAUUCAGGAAAAUGUUCAGUUUUGUUUUUUCAAAAAAUUUAAUUUUUUUCGGAUUUCAAGCUUUCAUCAUGAAUUUUCUUUAAGGAAAAUCCGAAAUUCGGCUGAAAUACCGUAAAUUUAGAGGUUUUCUGAAUUUUUGCAGGAAUUUGGAAAAUUCAAAUUUCUCUGUCUGAAUCUAUUUUUUCUCAAAAUUGGUCUGAUUGUAGAAAAUUUCAGAAUUUUUCUCCAAAAAAUUGGACCUGGAUUACCUGAUCUUUCUUAUUAUCUCAAAAAUUCUUUGUUUCAGCGUCGAUCAAUUGGAAUUUUGAUGAACGAGAAUCAAAUUGCACUAAAUCCACCACAAUUGGAUGAAACUGAAGUGCCACCAAAUGAACAAGUGGAAAAAGAAACCGAAAAGGAAAAAACGGUUCAAGAAGAAGAAGAAACAGAAGUUGCUGAAACUGUGGCUGAAAAUCAAGAAGUUGAGGAAAAUGAAAAGACAUUGGUGAAUGAAGAAGUUCAGGGAAAUGAGCCAGAAGCUGAAGAAGAAGCUGGAAAAGCAGAAGAAGAGCCGGUUGAAAGUCGUUAGUUUUUGAGAAUUUUUUUCUGAAUUUAAUUAUUUUUGAACCUUUUUUGCAGCUCCAAGAAGACGAAAAACACCGCAAAGAAAUCAGGAAAAAGAAGAAGAUGAGAAGACGGUUUGGAAAAAACCGAAACUUGCUGAAGGUAUUUUUUCAUUGAUAUUUUGUAAUAAAAAAUGCUGAAAUAUACAAAAUAAUAUUUUUGAUUAGAGACAAAGAGAAAAUGAGAGAGUGCAGACAGAAAAAAAAUAGUUUUCUGUAUUUUUUGUGCGAAAAAUCAAUUUUUCUGUCUGCACUCUCUCAAUUUCGUGUUGUCUCUAAUCAAAAAUAAAAUUCUGGAAAUUAUGUUUUUCGACGAUUUUCUGCAUUGGAAAAUAUGUUUUUUAUUAAAAAAUAUUAAUCUGCAUAGGCCCAUUAGAGGAGAAUGAAAAAGAAUCGAAAAAAAAUAUUCGAUUAAAAAUUAUAUCAAAAUUUUGAAACGUAUUUUUUUUGGUUUUGGAAAUAUGGAAUUUAAUUUUUAAUCAAAAAAUAUUAAAAUUGUAAUUAAUUUCAGAAUCUCCUGAAGAACCUGCAAAUACUUCGACAGCAAAUGUGACCCUUCGCCGAAAAUCUCGAAGAACCAGUCAAAUUCCCGAAGUUGCCCAAGAAAAUCUGGAAAAUCGCCGAAAAACGCGACAACGAGCGGAAACACCGCUGAUUUUCGAUGAGACUGUGUUGAAAGAGGGACGAUUUUGCUCGACGCCGAUUCAGCGAAGAUCGAUGGCUGAUGAUGCGGAGGAACAGCAGGAGAAUUUGAAUGUGGGUUUUUUUUGGAUUUGGAAUUUGAAAAUUUGAGGCUGGAGGAGAAAAAAAUGAGAAAAAAUUAGGUUACUGUAGAUUAAAAUUUCGCGCCAAAAAAUCUUACAGUAGUCCUGGGGUUUUUGGUGUUAGAAAAAUGCGGAUUUCACAGCCUAAUCUCUGGUUACUGUAGGUCAAAAUUUCGCGCUAAAAAAUCUUACAGUAAUCCUGGGGGUUUUGGUGUUUGAAAAAUGCUGAUUUUCAGGUUACUGCAUUUUUCACAUCAUUUUCAGCUGCAAUGCUAGCUCUAAAGUUCGAGUUACUGUAGAUCAAAAUUUAGCGCCAAAAAAUCCUACAGUAAUCCUGGGCUUAUUUGCUGUCAAAGUAUGUGGAUUUCCGCCCAGAAAUGUUGGUUACUGUAGAUCAAAAUUUCGCGCUAAAAACCCUACAGUACCCCCGGGCUUUUUGGUGUUAGAAAAAUGCAAAUUCUCAGGUUACUGUAUUUUAUAGCGCCAAAAUUCAGGUUACUUUAUUUUUCACAUCAUUUUUAGCUCUAAACUUUGGGUUAUUGUAGAUCAAAAUUCACCUACAGUAAGCCUGAGCUUAUUUGAUCUCAAAAUAUGCGGAUUUCUGCCCAGAAAUUUGUAUUACUGUAGACCAAAAUUUCACGCCAAAACCUACCGUAAUCCUAGGCUCAUUUGGUUUAAAAAUAUGUGGAUUUUUAGCCCAAAAAAAUCUACAGUAAUAAUAUUUUCUUAUGCCUCUUUAAUAAACAACUUUCAGGUCACUUUUGAUUUAAAUCUUUCGGCAAUUGGAAAAGAUGCGACUAGAAGAAGUAUGUUUUUUUUUUCUCAAUUUUUCCUAAUUCCUAAUUUUCAAUUUUUCCAGGGCGCACAAAGAAAACAAUGGCAGAUAUUUUGGAGGCCGAAGAAUAA